AUGUCCAACUUGACUGAACAAAAGAAACAAGCCAGAACGCCCAACGGAAGGAGAAAACAAGAACAGGAUCCCAUGAUCCGGUUUUCAAAAGCACUUUCCAAGGUUCUUCGCCAUACUGCCCAAUCUAAUGGGUUGCGGCUUCGUCCAGAUGGCUUCGUGUCGGUAGACGACCUACUUGAAUUGCCGCAAUUCAAAAGUCUAUCGCUAGAGAUGCUGAAAAAGAUUGUGGAUGAAAACGAAAAGAAAAGGUUUUCUUUGGCUGAAACGGAUCGUAAGCUGUUCAUUCGUGCCAAUCAAGGGCACACAAUUCGAACGAUUGAAGUACCUAUGACACGUGUUAGUGAUGCUUCUUUAUUACCUAAGGUUGUACAUGGUACAAGAAAAGAAUUGUGGCCGAAGAUUAACAAAGAAGGCCUUUCACGAAUGAAAAGGAACCAUAUUCACUGUGCUACGGGGCUCUUUGGUGAACCUGGAGUUAUUUCUGGGAUUCGGAAAUCAUGUAGUUUGUAUAUUUAUAUCGAUGUUUUAAAAGCGAUGCAACAUGGAAUCGAGUUUUAUCAAUCAGAAAAUGGAGUCAUUUUAACUGAAGGAAGGGAUGGAGUUUUAUCACCUUCGUUUUUCAAAAAGGUUGAGACAAACCUUGGAGAGGUCCUUCUUGAAGCAGAUGCGAAAACAGAGACUCCCAAAACCGACAACUCGCUACAAAAGAGUGCGAAUACUGAGAGUGUUGAUGAUUUAGAUCCAUUUAGCGAGGACAUGGAAGCACUUACAAUGCACGAUUUGAAUCUCGUUCAAGAAAAGCACAGCAAUUUUGGUUAUUCAGAAGGCAUCGUGAAGGGAAAAAUGGAAGUUGCACAAAGCGGUUUUGAUGAUGGAUAUAGUCAGGGAGCUAUCUAUGGAUUUGAAUUUGGAAAAAAACUGGGAGAACUAAAGGCAAAAUUGCUUAUUGUCGAUGACGAAAAGGAACGAGCUUUAUUGCAAAAGCAACUAGAAGAACUUGAGCAUCAAAGUGAGUUUUCCAAAUUUGUGUUUGCAAACAAGGAGUCGAUCCGAUCUAAAUUAGACAAGACGCCUACUUUGAAAUAA